AUGGCAUCGCCAAUGUUAUCACGCCAGGACAAGAAUAAAGACAAGGACAAGGUCACGGACAAGAAAAUCAAAACCAAGUCCUCCUCGAAGCCAGCGCUGAUAUCUUCCAAGUUCUCAUCGCGCAAGCACGAUUCCUCCAACAAAGACGACAAGACGACGUCCUCAUCAUCAUCAAAACCCAAGAAGCCUCAAUCCGAGCUUUCAAGCAGUAACACAUCAAGAUCACCAGCCUUGCUAAGCUCCAAGGUCCGUGACGAGUCGAAGAAAACUGACAGUAAGAUUGCUAGCUCUUUAAUUCUUCCGUCAUCCAACUUCCGUGACCGAUCUAAGCUUCUCGACUCGAGAUUCUUCAGAGACAAGUCUACAACCCCAAACAAGCUGCCAGAUGCAUCCAAGCUGCACAAAAGCGAGUACGCCUCAGAACCGUCCUUGCCCGAGACAAGGAUACCACAAUCGAUCAACUCCUCCCAAAUCGCAAACAAAUACAGCAAGUCAUCAAUACGAUAUGCACCGACGAAACCAUGCAAACUUGCCACCGAAAUCAAAGUCGACAGCGAAUCCGAUGACGAAAUCAAGAUUGAAUCCAAAGCCCCUUCACACAUCAAAAGCGUCCUCACUUCCCCGGCAGACCUCAAAAUGGCCAGUCGCCAACUCAAACUUUCCGCCCUCCUACCCUCCGAACGCGCUGCCCAAGAAACCUGGGCCCAAUCCAUAAUCCGCAAAGUCGGCAACUGUCCCCAAAAGUUUGCAUGGCAACGUAUCGACCUUCCCACAAGCAAAGGCUACCAAUGUGCUGGCGGCGCGCAUUUCAUCAGCGACGAGCUGAUUGCAGAAGGCAAAUGUGGGAUAAUGCGUACGCAACAGAGAGAUCCGGAGAAGUUGUGGGGCCCGUAUUAUCCUGAUCCGAAGAAUCCGAGGAAGUUUGAGUAUUAUGAUUUGGAGAAGAAACCAAGUUAUGUUUUGCCGGAUGGAUGGCUGACGGAUCCGAGUGAUCCGGGGGAUGAGGACUUUUGGACGAGGGAAGAUGGGAGUUUGUUCAGGAGUAAGUUUGUCCUUCAUCCGAGUACGCUUUGGUGUGCGAUUAAGUACCAUGAGGAGCCUUAG